AUGGAUUGCAAGAAAAUCCAAAGCAGCUCAUCAACUCGGAAGAUAUGGAAAUAUGAUGUGUUUGUUAGCUUUAGAGGUGACACACGCAACAAUUUCACCGAUCAUCUUUUUGCUGCUCUCUGUAGAAAAGGCAUUUUUACCUUCAGGGAUGAUACUAAUCUCAACAAAGGCGAAUCCAUUGCACCUGAGCUCCUUAAAGCAAUCCAAGGAUCCCAGAUUUUGAUUGUUGUCUUCUCAAAAAACUAUGCUUCCUCCACUUGGUGCUUGCAAGAACUCGCAGAGAUCGCUGAUUGCAUUCAAGUGUCAGGACAAACUGUUCUGCCUAUUUUCUAUGAUGUGAAUCCAUCUGAGGUGAGAAAACAGAGUGGGAGUUUUGAAAAAGCCUUUGUGGAGCAUGAACAUAGAUUCAAAGAAAAUUUAGAGAAGGUGCAAAGAUGGAGGGGAGCUCUAGCACAAGUGGCCAAUCUCUCUGGCUGGGAUAUAAGUGAUAAGCCACAAUAUGCAGAAAUUGAAAAAAUUAUUAAGAAGGUAAGAGGCAUACUGGAUCGCAAAUUUUCAAGUAUACCUGGUGAUAUAGUUGGGAUUCACUCACGUGUGGAAGAAUUAGAAAAGCUUUUGGGUUUGGACUCAGAUGAUGAUGCUGUUCGAAUAGUAGGGAUUUGUGGAAUGGGUGGAAUCGGAAAGUCUACUCUUGCUACUGUUUUGUAUGAGAGAAUCUCUAAUCAAUUUGAUGCUUCCUGUUUCGUUGAUGAUGUAAGUAAAAUUUAUGGAGAUUAUGGUCCAAUUGGUGCACAAAAGCAACUUUGUCAAAUUCUAAAUGAAGAAAAUCUUCACAUGUGCAAUACUUUUAUGGCAACUAAUUUGAUAAGAAGUAGGCUUUGCCACGUUAAGUCCCUUAUAGUUCUUGAUAAUAUUGAUCAAGUUGAACAACUUGAGAAAUUGGCAGUGAAACCCGAAUGGCUAGGUGCAGGGAGUAGGGUAAUCAUAAUUUCUAGAGAUGAACAUAUCUUGAGAGAGCAUGGAGUGGAUGAAGUUUACAAAGUUAAACUCUUGAAUUAUCAUAAUGCUCUUCAAUUGUUCUGUAGAAAAGCUUUCAAAUGUGAUGAUAUUAUGAUAGAUUUUGAAAAAUUGACAUACGAUGCAGUAAAAUAUGUUAAUGGCCUACCGUUAGCAAUUAAAGUGUUGGGCUCAUUUUUGUUUGGUCGAAAUGUUUCUGAAUGGAGAAGUGCAUUGGCUAGAUUGAGAGAAAAUCCAAGGAAAGAUAUUAUGGAUGUGCUACGAAACAGUUUUGAUGCAUUGGAGGAUAUGGAAAAGGAAAUAUUUUUAGAUAUUGCUUGUUUGUUUUACAACAGGCGUGAGACAUAUGUGAAGGAAGUUCUAGAUUUUCGUGGAUUUCAUCCUGAAAUUGGUAUAAGAGUUCUCAUUGAUAAAUCACUAAUAACCAGUAAGAUGGGGUGGAUUCAUGUGCAUGACUUGUUGAUAGAGUUGGGCAGGAGUAUUGUUCGAGAAAAAUCUCCCAAAGAGCCAAGAAAGUGGAGCAGGUUGUGGAACUACAAGGAUCUUCACAAUGUUAUGUUAGAAAAUAAGACAGCAGAAAAUCUUGAAGCCCUAGUUACACGGGGAUUUCCAGACAAGAUUGAAGAAACAACAAUGAGGGCUGAUGCAUUAUCAAAAAUGAGUCACCUUAAGUUGCUUGUGCUGUGGAGUGUGAACUUUUCAGGAAGCCAAAAUUUUCUUUCCAAUGAACUAGGAUAUCUCUGUUGGGAUAAAUAUCCUUUCGCUUCUCUGCCAUCAAGUUUUCAGCCGGAUAAACUUGUUGAAUUGAAACUGCCAAACAGCUGUAUCAAACAACUAUGGGAAUGCACAAAGCCUCUACACAGUUUGAAACGUAUGGAUCUCUCUCACUCCAGAAAUCUUAUCAAGAUGCCAGAUUUUGGAGAGGUCCCAAAUCUUGAGUGGCUAAAUCUUGAAGGAUGUAUAAAACUUGAGCGGAUUCAUCCAUCCAUUGGCAUUCUAAGAAAGCUUUCUUAUUUAAAUUUGAAAAAUUGUAAAAAUCUAGUCUUUAUUCCCAACAUCAUUUUUGAUCUAAGCUCUCUUGAAGUUCUAAGUCUCUCUGGCUGCUCAAAAUUACUUAAUAAUCAGCUGUUAGAGAAACCAAGGCAUGCAGAACAUAUGGAGAAGCUUGAUAUAAAUGGAAGUACAAUACAAAGCCAGUCAACAUCCUCCAUCUACAAAAUUCCAAUGUUGCCUUUCCGUUUUUUCUAUUCUCGAAGGUAUCAACAUUCAGUUGGUUUAUUGUUGCCUUCUUUGCCUCGUUUCCCAUAUUUGCAACAUCUUGACCUAAGUUUCUGCAAUAUUCUUCAAAUCCCUGAUGCAAUUGGGUGGUUACAUUGUUUAGAAUGGUUAAAAUUGGGGGGAAACGAUUUUGUUACAUUACCUUCUAGCAUCAAGGAACUUUCCAAACUUAGAUAUUUUAACUUGGAGCAUUGUAAGCAGCUGAAAUAUUUGCCUGAGCUCCCAUCAAGUACUGUCUUUCCAGUGAGACAACCAUUAUUUAGUAGAUAUUGUGCAGGAUUAAAUAUUUUUGACUGCCCCAAUUUGAGUGAGAGUGAGAUGGAACGCUGUUAUAACUUGGCUUUUUGUUGGAUGAUACAAGUCCUUAAGGUGCUCAUGCUGUCCUCCAUUCCCUUCGGUCAUAUUCACAUUGUUAUUCCCGAUACCCAAAUUCCAAGGUGGUUCAACAAACAAAAUAUGGGUAAUUCAAUUAGCAUGGAUUCAUCUCCCAUUAUGCAUGCCAAAAAUUGGAUAGGUGUCGCUUGUUGUGCAGCAUUUGUGGCACAUGAUGAUCAAACUAAUUUGAGUGAUACAAGCCAACCUCAUAUUGGGUUCAUUAGCCAACCUCAAAUUGGGUUCCUUUUUCAUAAAAAUGGGCGUGGGCGAUCUCCCUACAUUCCGAUACAUCUCGAGAAAGAUCUGGUCACAGUUGAAUCAGAUCACCUGAUGCUGCUUUUUUUUACUCGGGAAGAAUUCAUUGAUCAAUAUGUGAAAAAUUGUGCAUAUCGUUGGGUAUUUAAGGAGGAUCUGGAGCAAUCAAAUCCAAAAAUGAUGCAUAGCAGAAAUUCUUUAGCUCGGAAGCGCAAGUUUUUAACAAAUGGUUAGUCAUAUACGUGAGCUGAUUAAUGAAAAUCUCAACUAUUUCAUUCGAGCCACACUUCCAUUGAAGAAGUUCUAAACCAUUUGAGGCUGGAGUGAAUAUUAAUUGAGAACAUUGUUAGCGCGAUGAUAAGCAUGCUGGGCCAUGGAUUAUCAUGCAUGAUCUACAGCAAAUUGUCAAGAUUUCAAGGGAAAAAGGUACAGAAUCAACUGGGAUAUAGCAAUCUUAAAGUAGAAGUUUCUAAUAAUGAUCCGUUGCUCAGUUGAAUUAAAUGGGGGUAGUCUAGCUCCUUUUAUGAGUUUAUGAGAAUAAAUUAUUUGAUAUUUAGUCUACAAUUUGUAAACGAAAGUGUGAAAAGGAAAGA